GAGGGUGGACUAAUCUGCGUUGCAACCAAAGGAAUCAUUUUUCACACAAAUGUACCCAAGCAAUGUAAUGUUUUUUUUUCCUCUUUGGAAGGGGUCAGCGUUUAUGUUUUAUCCAAACGCUUAACUCGAACUCUUCAGGGGUGAGUGAAAUUCAGGCCCUAAUGAGACAUUUUCCUCCAUUUGGCCACCAGGUGGUAGUCUGACUUAACUGCUAACCUCCUGGAAUAACCAGCGUUUUCAUUUAUUUGAUUUGAAUCAAACUAUUAUUUAUUUACCGUGUAGUUCUCUAUGAGCGACCAUGAUAAUCCACGUGUUGCUGCCACUGCGGUGUGGGUUUCAGGUUGACAGACUUUGGUAUUUCUGUCCUAGGGUGAAGACAUGGUAGGAAGUAAUUAUGCACAGGCUUAGGGAUUUCUCUUUGUGUACAACUUUUUGAUGUUUUUCCCUGCACCGAUAGAAAAUAUAAAAGGGUGACCAAAUUUUGAACAUUAACCCCAUUGUAACAUGACUGCAAGACAUGUCUUACAUUAAGUGCAGCCAAGGCAACAUCCUACAUUUCAAGCAGUUAUGCCUACAUAUUGAAAAUGGACUGCAGUCUAGGCUGUUGGUGUAGUCAAGCUAACUAGCGUAUUUUAAGGGCCAUAACGUAUCUACCACAACCAUCUCCAAUGACAAAUCACCCUCAUCAUUACACCAGUGAAGGGGGAUCUUAAUCAUGAUUCAGAAAUAACCUACAGUGGUGCAUAGAAGUGGGGACAGGCUACCUAACAUCACAUGAUACGUUUUAUCUGCAGACCACUAAUUGGAAUACAAUUUUGAUAUCUUAAAUAGUCUGUAACGCCUCAUAGGUGUUCAUUUAAAAGACCUCCCGUUAGCCCACUUUAAAUAGCCUAAUUUCUGAAAAGAUAAUCGGCAGUCCGUGAUGGCAUUGAAAUGUGUUGUACGGUGCCAUAGGUGGCAGUCUUUCUACUGUAUGUGGUCACAUGAGGUCGUGUGAAGUUCCCAGCUGAUCAAUAGCAACUUCCCACCGACUAUCGUAGGUAGCCUACAUUAGGACUACAGCUCAACUGGGAGGAGUGAGUCCAGUCUCUUAGUCCAUUAGUUGCAAUGGCCAAAGUGGACAAAAUGUCUCCGAAGUUUUCUGAGCACUCAAAGGAAAACCCACUACCUGACUCGGAAUCGGAUUCUGAUCCUGAAGACGACCCCUUGGCAAAUGUUGGAAUUGGACCGAACUUUGGGUCGGUUUUGCGCUCACAGGUUAUUCACAGCGGACACUUUAUGGUGUCCUCUCCCCACAGUGAUGCCACUCUACGCAGAAGGAAAAGUGGCGCAACCGACUUCGACACUGUAAACAAGACUUGGUGUCAGACUUACAAAUUUGGUCCAUUCAAUUCUGGGAGCCUUAGCAUCGACCCAACGCUCACACGAUUGUUUGAAUGCAUGACAUUGGCAUACAGCGGAAAGAUCGCUUCUCCGAAAUGGAAGUCUUUCAAGGGUCUUAGGUUGUUGUGGUGGGACAAGAUUCGCCUGAACAAUGGGAUCUGGAGAGCCUGGUUCAUCCAGUAUGUAGAGAAAAGGAAGAACCCAGUGUGUGGUUUUGUCACUCCACUGGAAGGCUUAGAGGCAGACACCCAUCGCAAACCCGAGGCAAUUGUUUUGGAGGGAAACUACUGGAAACGUAGGAUUGAGGUAGUAAUCAAGGAGUACCACAAGUGGAGGAUCUACUACAAGAAGAGGCUGCAGAAAAACAAAGAUGGUCUUCUGUCAAUGCUGCCAAAGGGAUCCAUUGGGCGGGCGGGUCUGGAGAAAUGGUCCAAUCAGAUGUACCAGGAGCCUGACCCGCUGGCGGAGCUGGACUGCUUCCUGUCUGACAUCUCGGACACGCUGUUCACCAUGACCCAGAAGCCCAGCUCCUGGGGGGAUGAGCGCCACAGCGCUUACACCAGUAAUGCAGACAUGAUCCAGCCCGGACUGACGCCACUGCAGCCCAGCCUGGACGACUUCAUGGACAUUCCAGACAUCUUCACCAGCUACAGGGGCCAGGCUCUGGACCAGGCGUGCUAUGCUGACUAUGGGUAUUUUGAGAGCUCCGCCAGUGGUCCGUUCCCUGGCGCUGCCACCCCCGCCGCGGGCACCUCCUUGAUGCACACAGACUCAUCUCAGCUCUCUCAGCCUAGUCUUUCAUCCGAGAGUCUGUCCGCACCUCCAUCAUCUGACACCAUUCCAGGCUCCCACUAUCACAGACAGCCUGUAACCUCUGACAUGACCUUUGACCCCACAAAUAUGGCCUGUGACCCCAAGUUCAAAGGUCACCAGAAAUACAGCCCCCAGAGCGAGUGUGGCGCCGCUGGCCUCGUCCCCGAGGUGUCACUGUACCGACAGGCCGCUUACAUCACACCCGCCAUCACCAUGGCGUCAUCCUCCUCCCAAGUGCCCCCAGUCAUCACCCAGGAGAGCCCCUACCUCUACCCGGGGCCUUGCCACAAAUACAGCACCAGCACCAUGGGCACCGGCACCAUGGGCACCUCCACCGUCAUCACCCACACCGGCUCCACCCUCAGCCUGCUGGGCCAGGAGCCGCGCCUCCACGACUGCCCCGGCAUGGCCGGCAGCGGCAGUGGCUUCCCCCCGGCUGCCUGCGCCCUCCAGGGCUACCCGCCGGGCACCAUCGCUGCCGCUCCCCCGCACACUUCCCUGCCCUGCCCCAACCUGUCACACUUCUUCUCAGUGCCCCAGCAGCCCUCGGUGCCCGCCAACCGGGGGAAGCACAAGCGGAAGUCCGAGGGCGCCCGUGGAGCCGGCUCUGUGGCCACUGCCCCGAUUCCGCCACAGCACACUAGCUGCCUGGCCAAGCUGCUGUCUGCAAGCACUCAAGAGCGGAAGCCUGCAAUGUCAUUUGAUGCACCUCUCCACGGUCCAAAAGGCCCCAGAACAACGUCUCCUAUUUCACUGCCUGCUAGCAGCGGUUUGCCCACUGGUCCCCAGAUGCAGAUGAGCAGCCCAUGGUCCUCCUCAGGGGCCUCCCUCUCCCACUGCCAGAUGGCUUCACAUGGGAACCAGGGGGUCCAGGCUGGAGCCUCCCAGGGGUCGGCCGUGUCCGCUCUUCUCACCCAGGGACCAGCGCUCCUCAUCCCAAAGACAGAGAGGCUCUCUCCUGUUAAGAUUUGUGGCACAGAAGGAAGACGUUUAACAAUGAGUUUCCCGGGGAGCUCCGGCCAGACAUCUCCCACGCACCAUCUAGAGAUGGGGUCCAACCCAGAGUCACCACACUCCUUGCCAGGACACGCCAAGACAGAGCCCAACAGGACGGAAACCAGGCGGAUAACUCACAUAUCUGCCGAGCAGAAAAGACGAUUUAACAUCAAGCUGGGAUUUGACACGUUGAACAACCUUGUGACCAGCCUGAGCUCUCAGCCCAGUAUAAAGAUCAGUAAGGCCACCACGCUGCACAAGACAGCCGAGUACAUCAGCAAGAUGCAGCAGGAGCGAGCGCAGCUGCAGGAGGAGGCGCAGCGGCUCCGAGAGGAGGUCAUGGCGCUCAACUCGGCCAUCAGUGUGUGUCAGCAGCAGCUCCCUGCCACCGGGGUGCCCAUCACCCCCCAGCGCUUCGACCACAUGAGGGAGAAGUUCCGCGAGUACGUCAGGGCGCAGACACUGCAGAACUGGAAGUUUUGGAUUUUCAGCAUCAUCAUUGAGCCUCUGUUCGAGUCUUACAACAGCAUGGUGUCCACAGCCAGUCUGGAGGAGCUGUGCCGCACCACCCUCUCCUGGCUGGACCAGCACUGCUCCCUGCCUGCCCUCAGGCCCACUGCUCUCAACUCACUCCGCCUUCUCAGCACCUCCACCUCCAUCCUAACAGACCCCACCCUGGUGCCUGAUCAGGCCAAUCAGGCUGUAUGUCAAGCUCACCCCUCCCACAGCUACACCCACUGACCUCUGACCUGGAAACACUUUCAGAGUCAACCCUCAGCCAAGGAAAACACCCAGUGGCAAAACAUUCCUUAAAGACGUGGAAGACUAGUGAGACCCUUGAACUACAUAUUUGCUGGCAGGUUUUUUUUGUCUGUCUGUCUGUCUGUCUGUCUGUCUGUCUGUCUGUCUGUCUGUCUGUCUGUCUGUCUGUCUGUCUCUCUCUC